CCAAUCAGCGGCGAGAGACAGUUUAAAUGUACAGGGCCCAGUGGCUAUGAAAGUGAGCAGAGGGCAAAAUGGGUGAAGUAUAGGCAAUGUGAGGGAUUGGCAUUUUUAUUUCGUUUUUUAAAAAUAUCGUUAAAAGUUGUUCAUUUCGUCGAGAGUUGGGGGGGUGGGGGAAGAAUUGUACCGUUUCCAUUCCGUGUGACAGGAUGGAGGUGCAGGAUGAGAGAGAUUGGAUUACUGUUGCCAAUAAUCUCCUUCGCAAGUGCCACAUUAAUCAGAGGGUGACAAAGUUCUGUGACUGUGAUGCAAGUGUAUUUAUUGCCCUUUAUGAAGCUAUUCUUGGUGAAAAGGUUCCAGAUUACAUAGCUAUCCCCAAAAGUCAGGAAGACGAUGCCCAUAAUGUGCAGGCAGUGAUAGAUUCAUUGGCUUUGGACUACUUACAAAUCAGUUUGUCGCAUAUAACUGGAGAGAAUAUUGUUCAGAAUGACAAAGAAAGUAUACGGAAUCUAUUAGAAAUCUUUGAUGGUUUGCUAGAAUAUCUCACAGAACAGAUAAGUGAGGCUUCCUCACAGCAUGGUGAUCCUGACUUGCUGUCCAGUGAAGCCAUAUCUGUAAUAAGAGGUGUACUUCAAGAGGAACUCCGGGACCCAUACAAAGAGAGGGGACCUGGACCAGGAGCACAUCCAUCAAAAGCCUCCUCAUCAUCAUCUGUUCCCACCUUGAAUGGGGAUGGAUCUGAAUCCACCAAUGAGCUCAUCCGGCUUGGUGAAUCUGCCUGUACAUACAGCCACAGAAAGAGCACAGACUUGCCUGAAUUUUAUCGUAGUAGUGUCAAGGAAUCAGAACAGAAGUUGAAGAUCUUGGACCAAGGAAAAAAUGGGAUAUGCUCCUUUCUUUCUGGUUCUGCCACUGUAGCUAAUACUAAUGAGGAAGAAAUGCUGCAACCAGGAAGGUCUGCUGAUAACACACCAUCCAUAAAUCAUUCCACUGGAUUAAACACUAAUGCUCUGCAGCUUGGGGAGCCCAUUCGUCCUGCAAUUCCUUUGCAGUCUCCUUACCAUCCACCAGAGUAUAGGCCUGCAGUCCAAGGUGCACAUUUGACCUGUUAUCAGUCUAGCUCUGGCACAGCAUUAAUGGUCAAUCAGAAAGAUGAACCCAGUUCCCAGAGAAGAACUCCAAUUCCUGCAGGAGCGCAGAAAGUGAAAUCUGUAUCCAGUGUUCGUAAUUUUCCAGAUACACAUGAAAGUAUUCCUACAAAGAUGACACUAUCAAGGUUAUGCCCAGAUGCCAUUAAAGUAGUGACUCUGCAGGAGUCAGGAUCUGCAGGACAUGGGACAAAGAGGCAUCAAGAAUCACAGAACACUGCAGGAACUACUGUAGCAAACUCAGGCAAUGUACAGAAAAGAGUUGCCUUUCAAACCCAGCCAGACAUUAGAUUUAUGACCGUGCAGAGUAAAACUGAUCAAUGGGAUACAGCUUCUAAGGAACAUGGCGAGACAAGUCAUUGGGAGGCUUCAGCAACACUAGAAUCCAACCAGCCUGACUUCAGGAGUGAAGAUCGUUCCCUUUCAUUUAACCGUAAAGACCAAGGUGAUGUAAGCAGUUCAUUUAGAGAUGAACCUCUAUCUCGUAGAAGAGCACGGGAUAUCCUAGCAGAAGAGGAGCUGCAUGAGAUGUCUGAAAAGCUUUCUCAAAAGCUGCGCCAACUUGAUAUGAUGUUGAAACAAGCCCUGGGUGACAAGUAUGAAGCUCAUAAUUGCAAAGAAGAAGAUAAAUUGUCUCAACACAGUGACAGCAUCACUGAAUAUAGAAGAAUUCAACAGUUGCCUGCACCACUACAUACCAGGAAGCCAGCUCGUGCCCGCUCCCUAUCACCAUCACCACCACGACGCACUGUACCAGCUGAGUUUGAAGCUGCUCUCAACAAUGAUUCAAAAGGACAAAUGAGGAAAAUUCGCAGAGAACUACAAAAAGAAAUGGACCAGCAAAGGAUGAAAGCAAAGGCAGUGAGUGAGUGUUACAGAGAAGAUCUGGAGAACUACAAAAUAAAAGAGAAAGCUAAAAUUGAAAAAGAGAAAAGAAGUGUCAAGAAAGCAGAACAAGAAUAUAAAGAAAAUAUCUUCAAAGAAACUCCAAAAACCCCACAGCCAGCGAAAGUUUACUCUGCAAAAACCACACCACGAAAGCCUAAGCACAGCCAGUGGACACUGACAGGAGUGGCAAAGCCAAAGAAAGCAACUCCAAUGAAGAUACAAGAUAAUGACCUCCUACCUUUAUUAUUGGAAGAGUUUCCUUAUCUUCCGAUAUCGCCGCACACUCUGAAUCGAAUGUGGAAGCAGCAAUUUAAGCAGAUAGAACAGUUGAUCAAGUCCGGUCUUGAUCAGGACCGGAACCAAGCCAAGCUUCAAUCAGCAAUUGAAGAUGCCCAGAAAAAGCAUGAUCUCCUGAUUAGUAUCAUUAAAAAGGAGCAGGAUCACAACCAGCGUCUGAAAGAGUUUAAAGAACGAAUCCGACAGCAGAAAUCUGCCCAGAACAAGAUGAAGGAGCAAAGGCAGCAAAUUGCCCGUGCUAAGAAAUACUAUACUGAUUACCAUGUUCAACUGCGUGCAAAAAUGAUGCGAGCGAGGACUCGGGAAGAAAGGAUUUUUAAAAACCUGUUUGAGGAGGGUUUGGAAAUUCAGAAACAGAGACUGCGUGAAUUGAAGACUUACACUAAAGAGAAACGUCAGGAGUACAAGAAACAGCAAAAUGAAGAGCUGCAGUCGAUGGAGAAUUACUAUAGAGAUCAGUUUUUAAUGUUGGCUGAAACUCUGGCACAGGAGCGGCAGAAAGUUAACAUCCGAGAGACUGCACAAAACAAGGCUCUCCAAAAAUGGAAGAAAGAACUACGUGCAAAGAUGGAGAAUGAAAUCCAUGAACUCCAGGAAAUGAUCAUACGGGAUGAUGAUGAUGUGUACUUCAGAGAAUUGGAGGCAGAAAGGGCACAGCGUCAACUCCAGAUGGCAUCAUUUCAACACAGUAAAACUACUUUAUGAAGAUUUGCUAUUCAAAGGGCUCAAGUAACCAAAGCACAACAAUACUUUCCUAAAGCCUCAAAUGCAUUUAUUGUCCAACCAGGCAGAGAAAUUAAACAGAUGUAAAUAAGAAAAAUGUAUUCAACUGGAGCACAAUGAGAUUGUGUGCUGAGAUCCAGACUCAUCUUUUAAUGAACAAGUUAAAAUUCAAGUAGGAACAGAUUCUAAAUAAUUAUUGAUUGUCUAACUUCUACAUCACUGUACAUUGUAUCAAAACUUCACUUAUGUACUAUGCUUGUUUUUGAGAUGUUUUAAUUAUAAAUACUGCUUUAACAAUUACUACCCUUCCAGGAUAUUAUCCUGGGUAAAUAAGCAGAUCUUUCUACACUGUCAGGGUCUCAAAAUGCUGGCUGGUUAUUUCAUGUUAAGAUUAUGUUGUAUGAUUAUCCUCAACAGCACAUGUAUAUGCAAUGGUUUGACACUAAAACUGUAAAGCUCAUUUAAUCCAAAAAAUACUUUGUACAUUUUUAUCUUGUACAGUGGAUAACCAUCUAUACGUACAAAUUUACUAGAUGAAGGGCAGUUGUACUUAUCUAACUUUUUCUACAUGAUCAUGUUUUGAGACUAAUUUAUUAAAUCUUUUUCUAAAAA